GGAUAUCGGCUGGAAAUAUGCUACUAAAGUAAACGGGGAGAGAAGCAUUGAAUGCAAAUUUUGCCGUCAUAGAUCAAAUGGGGGCAUUACUCGUCUAAAAGAACAUUUAGCACAAACUCGAAAAGGUGUUGUACCUUGUGAUAAGGUUCCAGUUGAGGUGAGCAAAGAAAUUAGAGACAAUCUUCAAACUUUCAAGACUCUCAAAAGCAAGAGGAAUGAAUUGCUACGUGAGAUUGGUGAAGGUCCAGCGGGCAGUAGAUUGUCUCAAGAUACGGACGGGUUUUCACAAGGAGGAAGUAAUAGCCAUUCCAAAGGCACCGGCACAUUAGACAAGUUUGUCCAUUCCGAACCGAGACAAACAACUCUAAAUUCAGCAUACAAAAAAGAAUUAAAAAAAGAUAUUGAUCGUCGAGUUGCUCGUUUUGUGUACUCUGCGGGACUUUCCUUCAAUGUCGUCAACGAUCCUCAUUGGUUACCGAUGGUUGAGGGAAUUGGGGAAUAUGGCAAAGGGUACAAACCUCCUUCCAUGCAUGAACUAAGAACGCGCUUGCUUAAAUUAGAGGUGAGUGACAUUAAUAUUAUUUAUGAGGAGCACAAAAAAAUUUGGAAAACAUAUGGAUGUACUAUUGAUGGUAUGGCUAUAUCAACUAUAAUGUCCGAUGGGUGGACGGAUGGGAAGAACAGAGCUUUAAUAAAUUUUCUCGUGAAUAGCCCUGCUGGCACUUUUUUUCUGAAAUCUGUUGAUGUUUCUGACUUUAUCAAAAAUGGUGAAUUGAUCUUCAACUAUCUUGAUGACAUUGUGAAUGAGAUAGGGGAGGAUAAUGUUAUCCAAGUUAUCACUGAUAAUGCUAGUAAUUUUGUAAAGGCGGGGAAAAAGUUGAUGACGACACGGAAAUCUUUAUGGUGGACACUUUGUGCGGCACAUUGCAUUGAUCUCAUGUUGGAAUCAAUUGCAAAAUUGAGUAUAUUUUCAGAUACGAUUGAAAAGGCUAAAAGAGUUGUGAAGUUUAUUUAUGGUCAUGGCACCAUCCUUUCUUUGAUGAGGAAGCAUACAAACGGGAAAGAGCUUCUUCGUCCUGCGGUAACUCGCUUUGCCACUGCUUUCUUAACCCUUCAAAGCAUGUACAAGCAAGAAAGGCCUCUUGAAAUUAUGUUUGUUUCUGACGAAUGGGUUAAUUCUCCUCAAGCUAAAAAAGUUGAAGGAAAACUUAUCAAAAGAAUUGUCAUCAAUGAUCCCGAUUUUUGGCCGCAUGUAGCAUUUUGUGUUAAAAGCAUUAUGCCCCUUGUUAGCGUCUUAAGGGAGGUUGAUUCGGAAGAGAGGCCGGCAAUGGGAUAUAUUUAUGAGCUCAUGAGAAGGGCAAAGGAGACCAUUAAAUUUAAUUGUGGGGGGAUUGAAAAAAAAUAUAUGCCAAUUUGGAGAAAAAUUGAUGAUAGAUGGGCUCCACAACUUCACCAUCCCCUACAUGCGGCCGGAUAUUAUUUGAAACCGCAAUUGCGUUAUGAAGAUUCCUUUUGCAAUACUUUGGAAGUUAAAGAUGGAUUGUAUGCGUGCAUGGACCGAAUGUUAUCGUCCGACGAUCGUCUUCAAGCCGAUAUUCAAUUGGAUUUUUAUGACAAUGCACAAGGAGAAUUUGGAAGUCCAAUGGCUAAGAAGUCUAGAAUGUUGCGUUCUCCGGCAAAAUGGUGGGAACGGUUUGGAAGCAAAACACCCGAGCUUAUGAGCUUUGCUAUAUGGGUUCUUAGUCUUACUUGUAGCGCUUCGGGAUGCGAAAGAAAUUGGAGUACAUUUGAGUCGAUACAUACGAAGAAGAGGAAUAGACUUGAACAUUCAAGAUUGAAUGCUUUGGUCUUUGUGAAGUACAACUAUAGAUUAAGGGAGCGAAGUAUUAGAAGGAGAGACAAGAUGGAUCCCAUUAUAGUUGAUGAAAUUGAUUCGGAUGAUGAGUGGAUAACGGAGUUGGAAGAUCCCGUCCUCCCGAAUAAUACUACUUGGCUUGUUGAUGAUGAGUUGUUUGAAGGGGAUCCUAUUGUUAGUAUGCCAUCGGGAACCUUUGAUAGCCUUUUGGAUUCGGAUAAGCGAGUCGAAAUUGAUGUUGAUAAUGAAGAUCAAAAUCAUUCUCCAAUUAUAAAGAAGAAAAGAGCCGGUGAAAGCUCAA